CGCCUCAGUUGUGAGCCUGCGCAGAAACAGCUCUGGGCGCAGUGGGAGCAUAGACAUAAGGAUCUUCCUAUGUCUGUGAGUGGGAGCCAUGUUUGUUUGGAAUGUCCGCGUAGUUGGAAGUACUGGGAUUAUAAUCGAAGUAAAGGUAGCUGAUUAGUGCUUUAAGAACUAAAUUAUAUACUGUCAAGAGGAGGAGUAAUACGAAGAAAACAUACUCGUUUUUAUUUAAUGGAAAAGUUUUGCCAACCCACGUGAUCAUCGUCAUCCAAUAGGGAACCCGCUGACGUUGCUGGUAAUAUGUCCAUUGUUGAGGUUUCUUCGAAAUAAUCGAAAAUGCGUUCAAAUAUAAGGUAAAUGGCAUACACGCAGGGGAAUGGAAUACACUUCAAAAUGGCUUGUUCGACGAAGACUUUUGUCGGCUUCUUGCUAAUGCUGUUUUGUGUCUGGCUAUGUUUUUUUUUAACGAACUCUGUGCCAAGAAUCCGAUCAUAAUCACAUAUCACAUGACGCACCCUCCCCCACCCCGAUCCAAUGAAGGAGGAAGAAGUCGGACAUGUUUGGAGGAAAUGUUGAAUAAAGAAACGUGGCUGAAGACAAGAAGAAAAUAAGGAAAUGUCUGACGUAUGCGGAUUUUUAGAUGGACUUUUUUUUUUGCCUUAUUAUUAUGAGUUACUGUAAUUUGGUAUAUUUUUCUCUUUACAAAGGGCACAUGCACAUACCAUUUAUUAAUCUUAUUUUAAUAGUCUAGUUAUAGAAUUCACGAUAUCAUGUAUUUUAUGGUUUAGAAGAUGACCAAGCAAUGUAGACAGCGUUUUUAGCCUCGAAAUUUGAUAGAAUGUCAUUGCAACAAACGUGUAACCUUGUUAGUGGGGGUGGGGUGGUGUAGUUGCAUUAGAUAAGGCAACAAUGCAAUGUGGUAAUCAGUUGGAUAGGUUGAACAUUCUCUCGUGGCAUUUGAUUGUUUUGUUUUUUGUAGACUAUAUCUUGUGUUGUAGGCCUAGUUAUUGGUCGUUGAAAACAUUUGAUAUGUUGGAUUGCUAUGUGAGCCUAAGGGCACAAGAAUCAGCCUGAUCUUAGUUCGCAGAGGUCUUUACGUUAUUUUUUAGAGAACAUGGCGUCUUCACAGUGAAUUUUGGAAUUUGCAGGCUGCUUGAUAAAGUGGUGGGUUUUGACAUUGUGUAUGUGCUAUCUAUGACGUCCUUAAGACAACAGCCAGAUAGCCCUUUAACUUUAGAAAAAAAACAUGUGCACGUUUUCUUGCUAUGCCAUUACAUUAGUUUGUCGUGUCUUGUGUAGGAGCGUGGAGCCACACCGAGCAAACUUGCUUUGGUAAAAGUGCUGUGUCAUUUCAAUGGAGGACAUUUUCUGUAGGCCUUGUAGAAUCUGUCCUGUCGAGGAUGCCUGUGAACUUAAUGGGUAUUUUAAAACAGUGAGCCUGUGCGAUUAGAUUGUGUGUCGAAGACUUAUUUAAUAACAGAUGCCUAUUGCCACGUGGAUAAAAUGAUGCAAGGUCAUGUGCUGCCUCUCUUGUUAAUGGUAUAAGGUUUCGGUCAUCAGUCUAUUUUUUUGUGUAGUGUCAUUAACAUCACAUUAGAUGAAAAGGUUCAAUUCUAAGAGCAAUACGUUGGGGUUUGGAUGCAGAAGAGGCCUUUUUAAACCGUAUAAUAGGGCUUAGUCACGACGUUCCAAAAUGGCGACCGCACAUCAGGGUUGCGAGGCGAGACUACUGCGGGGAAGUAGAAAAUAGCGUGGAUCUUCCACUGUGUAAUGUGGCAGUAGUCUGAUACGCGUGAUGUAAUCAACGAACCAAUGGUGUGCCUUGACGUUGCUCUCUAAGCCCGCGCUUGGGUCUCAAACACCAAUCGGGGUUGUCGUUCCAUCCACGUUGGUGUCACGUUGGUGUAAUGCAACCGACAGAAAGCUAUUGUCAUUUGAAUGUGAAGACUACUCGGGAGAGAAAGGGCAGCAUAAUUCGGAGGAUUGUGUUUUUAUUCAUGCUUGGUUAAACCAGUUGUGAUGAUCAGAGAUCCCGGUAGGUACCAUCUGAAAUCGAUGGCGGUGAAACGACUGGGAGGAUUUGGGUGUGGCUUAUAUGAUUGACUGCUGGGCAGGCGAAUGGCCAUUUCGGGGGCGUGGCUAUCUUGGGGUACUUAAGCCAAUGGUGGCGGUAGACGGUUUAUAAAUAGUCGGGCGGACUCAUUUAGUCGCCAUUUCACUGAAGCUGUAUUCAGGAGGUUGGAAGGAGACUGGGAGGGAAGGCGGCGAUACGAGAACUUGAGAGAAACGGGUACACUUAACAGAAUCCGGAUCCAUCCUGAUGGAGACGGCCUUAAACCCGCCCCUUGACAGGUAUCUUCCUUCAGUUCCAGUUUCUCUAGGCUAUAUAGCCUCUCUCUGGGCGGGGGCGACCUGGUCAUGCAGGGCAUCACCACGGUAAUGGAGCAGCAGCAAUCGGGCGGAGGGGCGGGCAAGCGCAUCCGCAAGCCGUCGCUACUCUUCGAGGGCUUCGAGGGUCCCGCGCUGCUGCCCCACUCGACACCUUCCGGUGGGCCCCACCAGCCACCAGUGCGUGACCCCGCCCGCCAGGAACGCAUGACCAAUCAGCUGCAGUUCCUCCAAAAGGUGGUGGUGAAGUACCUGUGGCGGCACCACUUCGCCUGGCCUUUCCAUGAGCCGGUGGACGCCUCUAAACUCGCCUUGCCUGACUACCAUAAAAUCAUCAAGCAACCCAUGGACAUGGGCACCAUCAAGAGGCGCCUGGAGAACAACUACUACCGCGGAGCCAACGAGUGCAUGCAAGACUUCAAUACCAUGUUCACCAAUUGCUACAUCUACAACAAGCCUACAGAUGACAUUGUUUUGAUGGCUCAGUCCUUGGAGAAGGCUUUCCUUCAAAAGGUUGCCCAGAUGCCCCAGGACGAGCUGGAGCUGCCCACCCCUGUCCCACGCGCCAAACCGGGCAAGGUGGGCAAAGGCCGCCGAAACACAGUUUCCGGUGGCGUGACUACGGCCCACCAGGUCCCGGCCAUCUCUUCGCUCUCUCAGUCAGUGUACUCGCCCCCGACGCCUGACACCCCAGACCCGAUCUUCGCAGUCCCCCCACAGACUCUGCUGGCUAAGAGUCUGCCCCCCACACCCCACAGUAACCCCGCCAUGCUGGCCAUCCCACCUACUCAGCCCACCACCAAGAAAAAGGGUGUGAAGCGGAAAGCGGACACCACCACCCCCACCACCAUGGGCAUGCCCCUCAUGGGUGUGGGUGGCAUGGGUCUGAUCCUGGGGAACGGAGGCGACUCCCCUCUGGCUCUCUCGUCCCUUGUCAUGGACUCCAAGCCCACCAUGGGGAUGCUGGGCAUGGGCCGCGGUGGGGGCCUGGUGGGGAAGGCUCCAGCCCGCCGCGGGGCCAGCGGGCGGCCCAUCAAGCCGCCCAAGAAGGACCUGCCGGAUUCGCAGCAGCACCAGCCGUCGCGGCGGGGCAAGCUCAGCCCGCACAUUAAGUACUGCAACGGCAUCCUGAAGGAGCUGCUGUCCAAGAAGCAUGCUGCCUACGCCUGGCCCUUCUACAAGCCCGUGGACGCCUCCAUGCUGGGUCUCCACGACUACAACGACAUCAUCAAGCACCCCAUGGACCUCAGUACCAUCAAGAUGAAAAUGGACGGCCGGGAGUACAGAGACGCGCAGCAGUUCGCCGGCGACAUCCGGCUCAUGUACUCCAACUGCUACAAGUACAACCCGCCCGACCACGACGUGGUGGGCAUGGCCCGAAAGCUGCAGGAUGUGUUCGAGUUCCGCUUCGCUAAGAUGCCAGACGAGCCAAUGGCUCGCAUGCCACCUCCGUCUAUGGGCGGCCACUCGUCCUCUUCCUCGUCUUCUUCCUCGUCAUCGUCAGAGAGCGACCCGAGCAGCGAGAGCGAGAGCAGUCCCAGCUCGGAUAGUGAGGAGGAGCGCGCACACCGCCUGGCUGAGCUGCAAGAUCAGGUGUGUAAGCAGCUGAGGGCAGUGCACGAGCAGCUGGCUGUGCUCUCGCAGGCCCCCAUUGUCAAGUCCAAGAAGAAGCGUGACAAGAAGGACAAGAAGAAGAAGAAGAAGCCAGAGAAAAAGCCAGAGAAGCACCGGAGCGGCCGCAGCGCCGUGUCGGACGACGAGCCCAUGGUGCGGCCCGCCAAGGUGCCUAAGCUCUCCAAGGCGCCCAAGACACCCAAGGCUCCCAAGCCGCCGAAGACCAAGAGCAAGAGCAGCAAGGUGGCACCCACCUCCACUCAGGGCAAGAAGGGGGCAACGAAGAAAAGCAGCAAGAGCAAGUCCUCCAAGAAGGUGGCACCUCCGCCCCCGCCGCCUGUGCCAAUGCUGCCCCACUACGAUUCGGAGGAGGAGGAGGAGACCAGCCCCAUGUCUUACGACGAGAAGCGGCAGUUGAGCCUGGACAUCAACAAGCUGCCGGGCGAGAAGCUGGGCCGCGUUGUGCACAUCAUCCAGGCGCGUGAGCCCUCGCUGCGCGACACCAACCCCGAGGAGAUCGAGAUCGACUUCGAGACGCUCAAGCCCUCCACACUGCGCGAGCUCGAGCGAUACGUCAUGACCUGCCUGCGCAAGAAACCACGGAAGUCCAAUGGUGGGUUUGAAGCGAUCAAGAAAAACGCAGCGGGCAAGUCCAAGGAGGAGCUGGCCCUGGAGAAGAAACGCGAGCUGGAGCGGAGGCUGCAGGACGUCAGCGGCCAGCUCAACUCCGGCAAGAAGCCUGCUAAAACCAAAGUGGAGAAGCCCAGUGCAGUGGAACAGCAUGCGGUCGCCUCUCGUCUCAGUGCCAGCAGCUCCAGUUCAGACUCCUCCUCCUCCUCCUCCUCCUCUUCGUCCUCCUCUGACACCAGCGAAUCGGACUCGGGCUGAGGGAUGCUGCCAGGACAGGCCUGGCGCCCUCACCCGCCCAGGCUGGCACGGCAGACAAAAGAGGCCCGGUUCCAGACGCGUAUUGGCACCAGGGCAGAGAGAACUUUUCCUCCUGACCUGCGAACCGCGAGAGCCCCGCGAGAUCACCGUAGAGAACAAGAGAGCGGAUGAGGAAAUGUAGAUGAGGAAGAGGAGAUGUCUCCCGCUGAAGAAUGAUGAGGCUGCUCCCCAAAAAACAGGAGAGGGGGAGCGAUUGAGCAAAACAGACUCCUUCUCUGGGGUGGCAGGUCUACCUAUUUUGCCCCCCUUCUCUUUACCAUGUAAAUACAUGUCCAAAUAUAUAAAUAUCUAUUUUUCUUUUAUAAAGAAGAAUUUUAAGGAAUCCCCAAAUGGGGGAAAGAGUGAGUGGUCAGACUGUUUUUGUUUUGUUUUUGUAGGUAUUUUUUUUCUUUCUUUAAAGAGGAGUUGGUAGAUCCGUUUGGUUUGGGUGGCAGUGUAUGUGUCGGAACCUGUGCCGCUUUUUUCAAACACACGCACACACAAACCAGGGCGGUGGUGUUUUGUAGCUUGAUACAUGGUUCUACAUCAAUGUUUUGCUUGCUUGAAAGAACCCUUGCUCCCUCCUAUUCCAGGCUUUAACCUGAAGUCAACCCAAGCUUCCCCAGCACAUCUGCAACAUUGCAAUACAGUAGCAUUGUAUAGACUUGCAUUCGAAUCCUUGCUUUCAUGUAAUAACGCAUGCAAAUGCCUGUCUGGAUGUCAACUCUGAACAGAAAUGGUCCCAUCAACUUCUGUAGAUAUUUUCCCUUUUGUUCUGUCAGUUAUUGAUGUAAUCUCCCUCUCCAUGUCCACCCUUAGAACCAUACUCUGGAGGCUGACUUUAAGAGAUAGCUUGGAGUAUUUUUAGUGCACUGUUCCCAAGAUCCAGAGGUAUAUCAGCAAAGUUGUACAUGAAGCUUUAAUGUUUUUUUUUUUUUUUUUUUUUUUUUUUUUCAUCCUUUUACUGGUUUUGUUUGGUUAAGGUGUGCUGGUGUGCGUAUGUCUGUUUCAGUUAUUUAUUAUUUGCCUGGAGACUUCAGAUGCCUAAUGCAGGUGUUUUAACAAUUUAAUAGAUCCCUAGCCUACAAACGCUUUUACUCCUGUUGAUUCGGGAGUGGUUUUAGUUAAUAUCGCAUCACUGCUGUUAGAACUACUGCACGGGACUGUACAGGUGUAAGAAUUACAACACAAUACUCAUUUCAGGUGUCCUACAAGAAAAACAUGUACAUAAUUAACCGUUGUACAACUCCGGAGCAUGUAUGUAGUUAUUGGUAAGACAUGGUUUAGCCCUUUUGUUAUGCUGAUUUCUGUGUCCUGUUGUUUUUCAUGUGACUUAUCUGUUUUGUUGUACCUUUUGCCUCAUUUUUCUUGCCCUAGGGUUUUGUUUUCUAACAAAAAAAAAGAAACAGUUGUCAAGCUACAGGCAUCGUCCAACUCUUUCUGGAGAAGGAUCAACUUCUUCAGUUUACCAUCGUUUACAUUUGGAAAGACUAAAUAAAAGCAAUGACCAUUCUUAUAAAAAUAAA